AUGACGACACCAGCAGAUACUGGAGCGGUGGACAAGGGCAAGAAUGCGGAACGCGGCACCCUGGGCAAAUAUGUGAAGCGGAUGAGCACUGUGUUCAAGAGGGAGAAAUCAAACAAAAGUGUACCGACCCUGGCGCCCGAGGCAUCGUCAACUCCUCAAGUCGCGCAGCAACAGCCUGUCGAGAAGGAAGUUGCGCAGCCGGACCAAGCCAUCCCGGAAGUCGCACCUGCCACACCCAUCACUCCCGCCGUGUCAGUACCAUCAACUCCAAUUACCAAGGAGAUGGAUCGCAACGCCAUGCAGCAAGAGAGAGCCCGCGCCCUAUUCGCCAAGUACGGCCUCACUCUUGAGUCGCACGAGUGGAUCGCUGCACCAGCUCCAAAGCCCACCGUUCAGCGUGUCGAGAAAUCGAUCCGUAUGCGUGUCCAUCGCAGCUGCCACCGCUGCGGAACCCUUUACGGCUCCGACAAGGUGUGCCUGCAAUGCGAGCACAAACGGUGCAAGAAGUGCCCUCGUUUCCCCAAGAAGAAGACGCCGGAAGAGAAGCAAGCCGAGAAAGAGGGUAUGGAGCAACCCAAGCGAAAGAGAAUGCUCACCAUCCGGACUCGUGGUGGCGACGAGUUGGUAUAUCAACCUGCGAGACAACGCAUUAGACGCAACUGUCAUGUGUGUGAGAAUUUGUUCGUUCCCGCAACGGCGAAUGUCUGCAAUUCCUGCCAGCAUGUCCGAUGUACGAAAUGCCCGCGCGAGCCAGCCAAGCUCAGCAAAUGGCCUGAUGGCUAUCCGGGCGAUGCUGAGCCUGACAGCGAGACGGAGGUGGAGAAACAGCUGGAGAAAUUCAGACGGACCUGGCGAAAGCCGAGGACUAGGUGUCCCGGAUGUGGGCAUGAGAGAUGCGAUAAGUGUACAAGAUCACCUGUCAGGAAACCUGAAAAGGGGGAGCAUUUCGAUUCCCAGGUCGUGGCGGCCGUGGAGGCAAAGCUGCGAGCGAUGGAUGUUGAUGACAAUUCGGCUCCAUCUGCAGCGGAGGCUACCUAA